CGUAGCCGUGUGUGGAUCGUGGUAAGACCGUAUCGGGGGCUGAAGAUAUGUCAGUGACUUCGGCUUGUGAACUUUGACAGUUUGUCGUGGUCGUGACAGGAUUCGCCGGCUUCCAGGGAAUCGACUUAGUGAAGGAUGGAGGCUAGUGAGUGGGAUCACGCGACCUUGAGGGAAGAGGAAUUCGAGCAGCAUGCCGUGUAUUUGGUACCGGAUGUCGCGGCGUCGCCAGGCGAUACCAACCGGGCGGAGGCGUCCCUGCCGAGAAAUUUGGUCCUCAAGCCUUCUCAGGCCCUCCACGAUGUUUUGGGAGUUUGGAGCACAAGUUAUAUACCGAAAGGGACACGGUUCGGUCCUCUCGUGGGCCAAGUAUACACCAAGGACUCGGUACCAGCUGACGCGAACCGGAAGUACUUCUGGAGGGUGUACAAGAACAACGAGCUGUUCUAUUACAUCGACGGUUAUGACGUGCAGAAAUCAAAUUGGAUGCGUUACGUAAACCCGGCUUAUUCGUCCGAAUCACAGAACCUAAUAGCAUGCCAGUAUAAGAUGAACAUUUAUUUUUACACAAUCAAGCCGAUACUACCGAACCAAGAGCUUUUGGUGUGGUAUUGCCGAGAGUUCGCGGAAAGGCUCAAUUAUCCGUUAACGGGCGAACUAAUGCUUCAAAGAAUACGACAACAAGUACAACAAUCGGCGUUACCGAACGAACUCCCGCCCACCGUGGACGUGGUGUCGCCGUUGAAAGACUCGACGAUCUACGAGAGACGUUCGCAAAUGACCCCGACGGACGGUUCCGUUAGAUCGGACGAGGGCUAUCAUUCGAACGGCUAUCACGACGAGAUCCUCACGCCCCCGGAAGAGAGCAGCGAGUCCGACUCGGAGAACAAUUACGUGCUGGACUUCAGCAAAAACUCGAAAACGUCGGUGUGCAGCAACGAGGUGCUCAAGCAAGACAAUGCAGCCGCGAAGAACGAGUACAGAAAGGUGAAGAUCAAGAUCACAAAGACGUACGGGAAUUUUCAGACGACGAAGAGCCUGGACGGGAAUGGGAAGGAGAAGGAUCCGGAGCUGUCGAGCAGAGCGGUGACCCCGGAACUUCAAAAACCAAUGUCUCCGAUCGUUCUACAGAAGAACGCGGUUCUAUCGACGGUGAACGAGGAUGAUAUACCGGAGAAAAAUCCGAAACCGUUCUACGAGCCCGAGGUGAAGGGAAAUCUGCCCGUUUCCGGGAGACCCGCCUAUUUGGCCAGUCCAAGCAGUUCCAUUCUCGAGAACAUCCUUCUUCGUAGCAGUACGGACAACAACAAUAAUAACAAUAACAGUCACAAUCACCAUCACAAUGCUACCCAACAACACCAUCAGCACCAUCAGAUCCACCAUCAAACUCACGUGGAGUCGGUCACUCCGCCGCCAUCCAGCCCGACGGAAAUGGCUUACUCCUACAAGAAGUCUCAUCGUUACGGGAACAUUCUACCCUGCAGCCCAGACUCCAGCUCGAACCUACCGAUGCAAGCGGACACGUGCGUCAAUUCCACCAGCGGUAACAGUAGCCUACCGAUGCAAAGUCCGACGAGUAAUCUGCAUUCGAGCACGGGUAGCCUUCAUUCCAGUACCGGAAAUCUGCACUCUAGCACCGGUCCGAACACCAUCUUACAGUCUCAUCCGGGUAGCAUACAUUCGUCCAGCAACACAAAUAAUCAUCAUUCGAGCCCGAACGUGUUGUCGUCGUCCAAUACGAUACUGACGUCGACGAGCAACCUUCAUUCGUCGACGACCAGCAACAGCAGCUGUCCACAGAAGAGGAAGACCAAGAGCCCGUCGCCCUCCGGGAAUCCAACCAGCGCGACCACCUCGACGAUCCUCUAUUCCAGUUCCGGCGGUUGUCAGAUCGAAUCCAGUCCGGUGUAUCCGAAUUCAGCACCGAGCAGCAACCAGAGCGUCUCACCCAUCUCGCCCAUUCAAUCACCUUCGUCCUAUCCGUACGGUAUUUAUCAUCAAAACGGCACGUUGCAUCACAACGUCGCCCCGUUGUCUAUCAAUUGCACCGCCUACUCGCCGACUCCGAGCGGAAACGUGGUCUACGAGAGAGCCGACGGAAGACGGCUGGAGGCCGCGACGAGCAGUCACCAGUUGCCCACCUCGUCGACGAUGCAAAUCGACAGCAAUCAAGCGUUGAUCGCUGGCACGCACAAUCUACACCUGGGCCAUCACCCAGGCCUAACCAUUCACGCGAAUUCAUCGUCGCUGAACCACCGAUAUUCACCGGCGAGCUCGUUGUCCCCGGACGAUCACGGUUGUUCCCAGAGCGGUUAGCUAAGCCCGAACUCUCAAGGGUCCAGAGGCUACAGAUCGUUGCCGUAUCCCCUCAAGAAGAAGGACGGGAAGAUGCAUUACGAGUGCAACGUGUGCUGCAAGACAUUCGGCCAGUUGUCGAAUCUCAAGGUUCACCUGAGGACGCACUCGGGCGAAAGACCGUUCAAGUGUAACGUCUGCACCAAGAGCUUCACGCAACUGGCCCAUUUACAGAAGCAUCAUCUCGUGCAUACCGGUGAAAAACCGCACCAAUGCGAGAUCUGCAAGAAGAGGUUCAGCUCGACCUCGAACCUGAAGACCCACCUGAGACUGCAUUCCGGCCAAAAGCCCUACGCCUGCGACCUAUGCCCCGCGAAAUUCACACAAUUCGUUCAUCUGAAGCUGCACAAGAGGUUACACACGAACGAAAGGCCUUACACCUGCCAAGGCUGCGAUAAGAAGUACAUAAGCGCGAGUGGCCUUAGGACCCACUGGAAGACAACCAGCUGCAGGCCGAACAAUAUCGAGGACGAGCUUGCGCUGGCCGCGGCCGUGGGUUCGCCGACGUAUUACGAAUACGGGCCUGACAUGAAUGUCGGAAACAUGCCGAAGGAAUGCGAAUUGGAGCACAUCGAUAAUUACGAGAGGCACGGAUCCACUCACGGGCCGCACUCCACGUCCCUCCACAAUCUGGAGAACUCCGUGGGCCGACCCAGCGUCAUAGAGACUUCCCAACCUCACAUAAUCGAGUGCACCUAAAAACAGGGGUAUGAGCCCUUUCGCUCCAGCGCAGAAUUCAGCCGUGGAAUAGUAAACGAGUUGCUCGCGACAAACGAACCGUACUCGUGCUUCCCUUUCGCGGCUCCCGAACAGGAAUUUCCGGGACUAGAAUUUUCUUAAUUUUCACAUUCGUCGCGAAGCAGCGUGCAACGAUGGAACUGUACAUAGAGAAAAAA